GUGAUUGGCUGGACCGGAGGACCGUCACAGUAGUGGGCGUGAUUUACUCGAUGUGGGUCAGUGUGCUCUUCCUGCACUCGUGUUCGCUGACUGCACAUUUCAGCCGACGUACAGUCACACACAGCCUGCAGACAUGGAUCUCGAACAGAUGGGUCCCCAAACCUUCCUGUACGGUUGUGAACUGAAAGCAGGCAAGGAUAUCACGUUUAAUCCAGAGGAUGAUGAUUAUGAUCAUCAAUUAUCGGUUAGAAUGGCCUGUGUGGAUCCCUCGACAAAAGAUGAAUUGAAUGUUGUGGAGAUUGAAGGACAAGAUUCAGAGGGUCAGAAGGUCAAGGCAGUUCUAGCAACACUCAAGCCUUCAACUCUCCCAAGUGUAUGUUUGGGUGGGUUUGAGAUCACGCCACCGGUUGUUUUCCGUCUGCGCACUGGUUCUGGUCCGGUUCACAUUAGUGGACAGCAUCUUGUUAUCAUGGGAGGAGAUCAGUCUUUUGAUGAGGAGGAGGAGGAGGAGGAAGAAGAGGAAACCGUGAUGACAUCCAAGAAGAGGCCAGCGCUGUCAACUCCAAAGCCUUCAAAAAAAAUGAAGAUGGAUGAGGAAGAUGACGAUGAUGAUGAUGAGGACGAUGAUGAUGAUGAAGAUGACGAUGAGGAAGAUGAAAGUGAAGAGGAGUCACCUGUGAAAGAAAAGAAAGCACCAGCGAAACCAAAGACCCCUACACAGAAUGGAAAAGGACCCAAACCCAGUACACCUGCUAAACAGACUCCACAAAAGGGCAAGAAAGAACAGACACCCAAAAUGCCACAAACACCACGGACUUUAGCCGAUAUCAAGUCCAAGAUGAUGGAGAGUGUAGCAAAGGGUGUGUCAUUACCAAAAGUACAGCUGAAGUUUGAGAACUAUGUGAAUAACUGCUUCAAAGGCACAGAUCCAAAGGUUGUUGAGGAGCUCUGGAAGUGGAGACAGACUGUCAAAUAAAUGAACUAAAACGCCUUUUAUUUUGCUUAAAUUAAGCCCCUUUCCCACACGAUUUUACUUUUGUUACCUGCAAUUUUAUGUUUGUUUGUCCCCAUACCUUUCAGUUUUUAUGUUAAAUCCGUGCCAUUCCUCGAAAUGACUUGAAACAACUUGACCUUGUUCAGUCUGCCUUGUCCUUACCCUCAGUCAUGUCAUUUGAGUGUGAGGUUAACUUGGCUGCAGUAUUGCUCAAUUAUGAAGCUCUGAUUUAUAUAAAGAUAUGUUGGUGGUGCCCGUCCAUGUUUUCUUUAAACUGACAUGGAAAUGUCUGCAUAGCUAUCUGGUUAGAUCUGUGAUGCGAUAAUGCAAUGUAUGAAUAGUGGGUUUCAGAAUGGCCUCAAUGUUUAAUUCUGGUAUUUCAGCAGCAGUUGAUAUUAUUUUGUAAUUGUCAUUCCCUGGAAAGAGUUAAAUGCCAUUGUAUGUUCAGGAUUGAAUGGUCUUCAGAUGUCAUCAAUGUAUUGUAAUGUCACAGACUUUGCAGCCCUGUCUCAACAGAAUCAGGACUCAGGACAUUUCAGAUGUGGUUCUGUUUUUUGACUUUCUGAAAUGUUUAAAUGCAAAUAAAGGAUAUAUUUCACAACUGAAA